AGGUCAAGUAUGAACUUUGCACAUCUUUGCGUCAAUUUCAAACUCCCAAACUGUAGAGAGCGAUAUAACAAAUGUAUAUCCAGUGUACAACAGAGAAACUUUCGAGAGCCUGUGUUAAUAAUGAUGGAGAAUGAGGAGGAAGAGAAGAUGGGUGAAUCAGAGCCUGUGCUUCAUACAAAACCGCUGUGUCGCUUCUUCUCUCAAGGAAGACACUGCAAUUUUGGGAAGAAAUGCAGAUUCCAACACAUAAGAGAUGAUGUGAAAACUCAUGAGAAGAAAACCAUCAGUACACCCAGCCAGUCAGAUGUCACAUCUCCAAACUCGGAGGUCCCUGGACGAGAUGUUGGCCACAGGCCUCCUCCAACUAGUAACUCCAGGGUUGGUCCAGCCGCUGGCCGCCGCCCCUGUCGCUACUUUAUCUCAGGCCACUGCACCAUGGAGGACAGAUGUCGCUUCUUGCAUUCACCACAGUUCCCCGCAGUGGAUGACCAGUCUGUUUCUAGCAAUUACCCAAGACCUGCGCAGAGGAUGCCACCAGUACCCCAUCCGGGCAUCCUCCAGGAGGUCAAGCUGUGUGACCUGACAGAGGAUGUAGUCAAGCAGCUACGAGACACAGAGAUCAAGCAGUUGACGAAGCGUUUUCCCAGAGACCAGCUGAUUAUUCAGGAACGAAGUGAUGGCAGAGUUACUUAUUACAGGAUGAAUGUUGAGGCCACUGAUCCAGACUGGCCUUUUGAUCUGAAAGCUGUCGACCUCAUGGUGAGCUUCCCAGACAGUUACCCCAAGGAGAUUUUCACAUUGGACAUACCGUUGGACCAGGAGCUGCCACCAUUAAUGGCCAGGUAUGUACAGCAAGCAUCAUUGGAGUGGCUUCAAGCCAAGCAUGCCACCAAUCAGCUAAUGGGAAAGGUAGAGCUGCUUUUCCGGCCUUUACUUCGUUGGCUAGAUCGUAGUUUGGAGAGACUGUUCACUGAAGGAGCCCGGCAGUUGAAAAAAGACAUUGAUUUAGAAAAAGCUGGAUUGCAGUUCAUACCAUACCAGGAGCUCCAGGCAACAGUGCGGGAAAAAUCUGGGAAAGACACCGCCGAUGCCGAUGAGGAUGUCAGCGGUGAAGGAAAACUGGAAAAGACAGAAGGCGAGAAGACAGUGGAGGGUUCAGUUUGUGAUGAAGGGCAGCAGCAGGAUGAGGAGGAGGAGGAGGAGGAGGAGGAGGAGGAAGAAGAAGCCAGUCUUCUGGUGGAGAACAUUAAGAUCAGUGAUCCCCGCAGAGGCACAGAGGUGAAGCUGCUGGGACUGAUGCUGGGCGAGAACACAGCCACUGUAGUGGCCCAACAAAUCACUGUUUGUCUUCAAUGUAACCGGUGUAAGGUAACUGCAGACCUGACACUGACUGGAAGGACACCCUGCACAGCUGAGUGUGAAAAGUGCAGCGCAAGCAUCAACGCUGCAUUCAGGCCCUGCAUGCUGCACCAUUACAGCGAUGUCCUGGGGUACCUGGAUCUUCACAAUGCUGUGCCUGCUGACCUCGUGCUUCAGGACUGUGAUCUCAUUGUAGGCUGCCUCAGCUGCUCCCAGGAGAGUCCUGUGCAGAACCUUUCCUAUGGUCAAACAAAGGAGUGUAAUUGUGAACACUGCCACAGCAAACUCAGCAUUCUGGCUGAGAGCACAAGAUUCCAGUAUAUUCAGCCACGCACCAAUAAAAUAGGUCCAAGUUCUUUUUCUGAUAAUAAGAUAAUAAGAGAUCCUGCUGUGCAAAAGGGAAAGCCACUACCGGAAAAAGGAUUAUGCAAACAUUUCAAACAGAGCCAUCGCUGGUUAAGGUUUCCAUGCUGCGGCCGGGCUUACCCCUGUAAUGUGUGCCAUGAUGAGGACCAGGACCACCCUAUGGAACUGGCCACCAGGAUGAUCUGUGGCUACUGUGCCAAAGAACAGCCGUACAGCAAUGGAAAGCCUUGCAUCAGCUGUGGAAGCAUGAUGACGAGAGGUACACACACCAGCCACUGGGAGGGAGGACUGGGGUGCAGAGUCAAAGUCAAAAUGAGCAGAAACGAUCGACAUAAAUAUGCCAACACCAACAAAACGAUUUCAAGGAAGGCCGUCAGUGUAAAGAAGUAGUUGGUGAAGAAGAGUACUAUCGCCUUAAUUUGUGAAGAGAUAUUAUUUGAUCCAUGAUUUCAAUGAAAUUUGUGCAUAUUUUCCCCAAUAAAUCAUGUUGUUAUGAUGAGA